AUGCGCGCUUAUCGAGCUCCCUCCGAAGAACAACAUCCCAGGGUGCCGAACGUCUUCAGCACUCUCAAACCCUUUGCUAUUCGCCUGGUGCUUCGCAUAAUACUAGUCGCAAGGCACAAGAAGCAUGCAUUGGCCACCGCACACCCUCUUACUCUCACCCAGAUCGUGCACGUCGUCUCGACUUCGUCAACCCCGAUUACAGACAGUCGCUUGGUCGUCUUCCCGAGGUCUGGUCAUGUGGAACCGAGCCCAAUCGUAGACUUCGGUCAUGUCGCUAAGAGUUGUGGCGAGACCAAGGAGACGGCCAAAGAUGUUCUACUACUCGGCCUGGAAGCUCUCGCCCAGCCUGCCGAUGCAUUCCCGCUACUCAAGAGCGCUGUAGGCGGGCUGCUGUUCUUGACAAAGCAGAUAGAGCUGGUGCCCAGCGAAAAAGAGCAGAUAUUGGACAUCUUCGCUCAGAUCGACGGCUUCGCCGCAUCGCUCGUACGUGCAAUCCCGGAUGCGACUGCACUGUCGCCCGCGUACGAGGCUGCCAUUCAAGCGCUCGCCAAGGAUAUCCAGGCUGAGUCCUUGGAUGUCGAAGCUAUCGUUCGGCAGCAUUCGGUUGCGCACUUCCUCCGCGCUAAGCGACAUUCAGGACAACUGGAUCAGCUCAUGAGGUGUCUAGACCAAGCAGACAAGUCUUUCAAUAGAACGAUGCUGCCGACAGUUGAGAUCAGAGUUUUGGAGAUUCGUGAAUGUGUACUGCCUUUACGGGAGGUGCAUCGCCUCGCCCGGAUAGGCGAGUACUUUUUUUAG